UCCUACCUCUCCUUCUCUCUCAUCUUUAUCCUCAAUGUCUGUAUUUUUCUUCCUCUUCUUCAAUGAUCUUCAUCUUCAUCCUCAUUCUUAUUGUUUACGGUUUAUUAUCUUCAUCUUCAUUUUUUUUCCACCAUCUUCGUCUUCUUUGAAACCCUAAUAAUUUUAGGGGUUUUUUAAAUCUGAGUUUGUUCUUAACUUUUCUGGUUUUUCGAACAUGGCGUCACCAAGGUCUUGUCUUUCUUGGUUGUCUUCGUCCCAAGAAAGUGAUCCUACGAUUGGAUCUCCUAACCCAUGGUUCGAUUUCUACAAUCGCCUACCUGCAUCUUCUACGACUUCUGAUGAAACGGAUCCUAACUGGGGAAGAAGUAUAACUUCUGAAGAUGAAGAAAUACAGGGUAUGUUUGAUUUACAACUGGAUCUUCAAGAUCUAUACAUUGAGAACUUGUUCCCUUCCUCAGAUGAAGAAUCAUUGGAUGAUGAUGAAUUGCUGUCUGAUAUAGAUGUUCGAAGCCCAUUUUCUCGGUUUGUUUUUUUAUAAAUCUGAAGUCAACGAAAAAUUUAAUAUCCGCAUGCGCAUGUGGCGAGAGGGUUGCUCGUUUUCAAUAGCCGUUCAAAAAACGUUGAAGAAAUCAAGGAAGAAUUGAAAACUUAGUUUAUUUUAUGAUUUUGACGGUUUUUGUAAUUUAUUUGAUGUAAUUUUUUGUAAUUUAAAUUAAGUAGUUUAAUGGUUGGUUAAUUAUAACAAUUUCG